GUCUUUGUUCUGUGGCAAGCGAACUACCAACAAUGGGCGACGACAAGGCACGCGAGCUGAUCGCUCAGGCGGAAAAGAAGCUCAAGUCGACCGGAGGAUUCUUUGGCAACCUGAUGGGCAGCAACAAUGUCAAGUACGAGGAGGCUGUCGAGCUGUACAAGCUUGCUGCCAACCAGUACAAGAUGGUCAAGAAGUGGAAAGAGGCCGGCGAUGCUUUUGUCGAAUGCGCCAAGCUCUCUAUCAAGCUCGAGUCCAAGCACGACGCUGCAGCUCACUAUGUCGAUGCUUCGACAUGCUACAAGAAGACUAGUGCGGCCGCUGCCGUCGCGGCAUUGCGCUCGGCCACCGACAUCUUCUGCGACAUGGGCCGUCUGAGCAUCGCUGCCAAGCAACAGCAGGCGAUUGCCGAGGUCUACGAGACCGAGCUCGCCGACUUUGAGCAGGCCAUCACCGCGUACGAGCAGGCUGCUGACUGGUUUGCCGGCGAAGAGAGCACUUCGUCUGCCACCAAGUGCCUGCUGAAGGUUGCCCAAUUCUCUGCGCAGCUCGGCAAGUAUCCUCGUGCCGCCGAAAUUUACGAGCAGACUGGUCGUCAGUCCCUCGACAACAACCUUCUCAAGUACAGCGCCAAGGACUAUUUCAUGAAGGCAUCCCUUUGCCAGCAAUGCACAGGAGAUUUGGUCAAGGCUCAAAACGCGCUCGAGUCGUACAUGACCAUGUAUCCUGGCUUUGCUGAUACCCGAGAAGGCAAAUUCGUUUCGGACCUCCUCAAGGCUCUCGAAACGUCGGACGCUGAUGGAUUCACCUCCAUCGUUGCCGACUAUGACUCGAUUUCCCGCCUCGACCCUUGGCUGACGUCGAUCUUGCUCGUCAUCAAGCGACAAAUCACCUCUGGUGGCCAGACUGCUGAGCCGCUGUGUUAAUUCACGCUUUGGUUUGUUUUGUUGGUUGUUUUGUGUUUGUUUGUUUUUUUGGUUGGAUUCGAGUGUGGCGAUUGCCGUCGAAUGUAACAAUAAGGGAGUCGUCGUUACUUUUCAUGACCGACCUGUUGUUUCAAAACAAUUUUGUGCACUCAAGCCAUUGCUCCAAUCCAAACUCCAAACACC